AUGCGGCUGCUGGCCGUUCUGCCGGUGCUCUGGGCCGGAGCCUGGGCGCUAUUCCCGUUCGGGAUCAGCCAGGGCGAUACGCCUCUAAGCGACGCCGAGUGGCUGACGGCAACGGUAGAUAUUCCGGUGGUGUACUAUGCUCGGCCACAAACACAAGCGCAUAUCUCGAGACUAGGCCUACUAAUUUUUGGGGAUCAACCCCAACCAGAUCAUUUCCGCAACCUUGAGCAUCUGAAUAAGUCUGCUGUGGCUGCGUUUUAUGCGCCGACAAGUGGGGGCAGCGUUUUCCUCAGAUCGACAUCUUCCGACAAGAAUCUUUUGAUGCGGCUGUCUUCUGACGUCAUCCAGGUGUUCCCCGAAAAGGAUUUCAACGCCAAGCAGGCUGUUGUGGCCACAUGGGAGAACAUGGCAAAUUUGGAGCGGCAGAGCGGCAACACCUUUCAGUUGGUGCUCGUAAGCGACGGGAUCGACUCGUUCGCCAUCUUUGUCUACAAGGCAAUCGCGUGGGCAUCGUCUAACGGACACUUUGCUCAAGCCGGCUUUAGCCAUCCGGACGGCUGGCAGCUGAAUGUGAACAGCGGCACCGAUACUCUCAAGGAUUUGAUGAGCUUGUCCAACAGCGAUCGAGACGGCCAGUUCAUCUACAAAAUCUCCGGGUUGGCGCUAGAACACCCGAAGGGAGACGAUGAGUACAGCUACAGUGAUGAAUACGAAGGGGAGGACGGGGAGUCGAGGAAAGGCGGUCGCCGUGGCGAAGACUGCCCGCCCGACCCGUACAAGGAUAAGUGCCCAGCUGGCUGUAGCGUUAUCACCGACACAAACGGAUGUUCGAGAUGUUUGUGUGCCGAGAGACCACCGCCCCAACUUCCACAGGGAAAUGAUCUGGAAGAAGAGCAACCCGAACCCGCCGUUUCCAAGGAGGAAGAGAAUUCGGACGUACCAGAGGAAGAUUUGCAUCCACUAGACCCUCGUGUCACCGGUCGCCAUCGCCUGACGACACCAGCCAUCAACCGCGUGCCAAUCGAGGGAGGAAACUCUGUCACCGAAGAGAUUUCGGCCUGCCAGGCGGCAGGGUGUCAUCCGAAUGCUGGGUGUCGGGAUUACCCGGGCGGCGUGUGCUGCCAAUGCAACACGGACUAUUACGGCAACGGAAAGGAUUGUGUGAAACGGGGCGAAGUGCAACGACUCGUCGGCAGCUUCGAGGGAGCCCUCAAUGGACAGCGCGUCGACAAAUCGGAGAUUCAUGUGUACGUUGCGAACAGCGAUGGCCAUGCGUACAGCGCGAUAAGCCGACUGCCGCAAGACCAGAAUCUCGGCACCUCGAUGCUGCUGCUCCUUCCGGUCGGAUCCGUAAUUGGAUGGUUGUUCGCUGAGGUCAAUUCCCCCUCCCUGUACAACGGAUUCGAAUUGACGGGCGGCAUCUUCAACCGGACGGCGACUGUCCACAUUGGCGAUACAGCUGUUGUCACAAUUCGACAACAGUUCACCGGGCGAAACCGUCAGGAUUACCUGAUCGCAAAUACGUUUGUUACUGGAACCCUGCCACAACUACGCGACGGGGCUGAUGUUACGUUCCCCGACUAUGACGAAGAAUAUCGUGUGGAAAAACCGGGUUUUGUACGCUCCUACUCAACGCUGGAGGCUGUGGUGAAUGAAGGCGGGACAAAACGCAAGUUCAAGCUGACCGUCGAUCAGCAGAUGCAUUUUGAAGAAUGCGCCUUUAAGCCGAAUGACCGAACUAAUGCCGCGGUUUUGAAUGUGAAACGAGCACACGUUACCUACGACAAAGUGGAUGGCAUUGUGAGGUAUGCAUCCCGUAACUACGUCGACGCACAGAGGACAACGACCAAGGAGGAAAACGUGCAAGCUCCGCGCGAGCCAGCAACCGGAGACGUCCAACCGGAAUCAAGGGCACAAGACGUGUGCGCCACCGGAAAACAUGUAUGCACUCAUCCCCAUAUGCUAUGUCGGCCCGUCGAGCAUUCGUACCGAUGCGAAUGUGCUGCCGGAUAUCAGGCGAAGCACGAUUCAACAAGUUCUAUUGGAUGGUAUUGCGUUGAUAUCGACGAAUGCGCGCGGGGGGACAGCACGUGUGAUCCAAAUGCAGCCUGUCUCAAUACAGAUGGCGGUUUCCAGUGCCAGUGCAAUGCCGGUUUCUCCGGCGACGGGCAUCGGUGCUUUGGUGGUGAACUCCGCGGAGAUGAGCAACAGCCCCACCCACGCCAUCACGCUCAAGGUCACGAUGGACAUCCUGCCGAAAUGGCCCCUCAAGCCCCGGGAUCUUGCGCGGCUCACACGGACUGCCACCAAUGGGGUGAAUGCGUGUUCCCGGAAGGCGCCGCUCAUGGACAAUGCAAGUGCCGCGGUUGGUACGUCGGAGACGGAGUGGAACAUUGUGGGCCACCUCAGGAGACGCGUCGCGCACCGCAACAGCCCGCGCAACACCCGCCACGGGAAGAGCAUCAGCCGGCUCGCAUGCCAUCUCACCAAGGACUUCCCUGCGGAUCCCAGCACUGUAGUGCACACGCUGAGUGCCUACCUAGCACUGAUGGCGGGUCCGAGUGCGUGUGCCGUGCUGGAUAUAAUGGAAACGGCUUGCAAUGCGAAUCACUGCUCGCUGAAGAGGGGGCCGACCAGCCUGUACAGGUGGGAGCAUCUGGAACCAUCUGCCGAUCGCAUGACGAGUGCUCGGAGCAUGGUUCGUGCGCAUACGACCAAUCGGUUGGCUACUAUCAAUGCAUCUGCACACCCCCGUAUACGGGCGAUGGCGUUCGAUGCACUGCCGAGGGUGGAGGCGAAGUGCUGGUGCCGUACAACAACGCGCAACAUGGCAGCGGAGGCCAGGAAUGUGAUGUGCUGCGGAACUGCGGUCAGAAUGCGGAUUGCGUCUUUGCGAGGCCGCACUGGAAAUGCGCCUGCCAAAGCGGGUUCAUCGGCGACGGCUAUCACUGCGUCGAAGCGGCACUCGGACUGCCGGACCUGCUGCCUCCACUGGAACCACCAACGGCCAACCGGAACACCGGCUGCGAUAGAUGUGACACCAAUGCCCAAUGCGUGUUUGAUUCUCACAAUCGCCGCUUUGUCUGCGAAUGCGUGAGCGGUUAUAUGGGCGACGGGCUGAGUUGCGUCCAGGUAGCUGGCCAAGGUCACGGAGGCCACGGUGGAAGGCUGGCAGCCCCGAAAUUAUGCCGGGAGCAAUCGGAUUGUCAUCAAAGUGCGCAUUGCGUGCAAAACGAUCGCAAUGAAUACUUCUGCCAAUGUUUGCCCGGAUUCCGCGGCGACGGCGUCACGACUUGCCGCAUUGCCGAUAAAUGCACGCCGGCGGAUCCGAAUAGCUGCGCCCAGAACGCACAAUGUCAGUACCGCGAAGAUCAGGGAGCUUACCUAUGUGUUUGCGUCGAAGGCUUCACCGGCGACGGAACAUCAUGUGUCCCACAUGCCCAGCCAGUUGGCUGCGACCGAGAUCCAAAGACAUGCCACCACAAUGCUCAGUGCGUCUACAACCACGAACGUCGGGAGUAUGGAUGUCUCUGCAAGCCGGGCACGCAUGGAGACGGCCGUUCCCGUUGCGACCAGAUCGAAACCCCGCAGUGCAGCGGAUGUUCCAUCCACGCGCAAUGUGUGCUGACAGCAGGCGGUGCUUCGCGAUGCCAAUGUUCGAAUGGAUAUGUUGGAAACGGACAUGUCUGCCAGCCGAUGACUACUUGUCUUGACGAUCGCGCAAUGUGUUCGGAACACGCUGAAUGUGUGCCUGGCGAAGGAGGGCACUAUAUUUGCAACUGUCGCUAUGGAUUUCAUGGAAACGGCCGGAUUUGUACAGCUGACUCGGAUUCUCGCACCGAUACUCUACUGGUGGCGCGUGGGAUGGCCAUUUUCCAUCGUGGUACGAAUCAGGAUAUUCCUGGGAAGCAGCUCGUCGUCAUCCCUCAUCAUAUCGCCGUGGGCGUCGAUUUCGAUUGUCAAGAAGAACGCAUAGUCUGGAGCGAUAUCUCAGGCCACUCGAUUCGGUCGGCUUCACUACAGGGAGGCAAUAUGAGUUCCCACUUCACGGAUACCUUGGAGAGUCCUGAGGGAAUUGCUGUCGAUUGGAGCAGCCGAAAUAUCUACUACGCCGAUUCACUGAAAGAUGAAAUCGGUGUCGUAUCAAUGGAUGGGAAAUACCAGAAGGCACUGGUGACGGAAGGGCUCGUCAAUCCCCGAGCAUUGGCCAUAGAUCUUCAAAAUCGGCAUCUAUUUUAUACUGACUGGCAUCGGCAGAGCCCGAUUAUCGGACGCGUAGACCUUGACGGCCGCAAUAAUCAUAAGUUUGUGCAGGACGACAUCCACUUGCCGAACGGACUGACGAUCUUGCCUAACCGCCGAGAGCUGUGCUGGGUUGAUGCUGGAGUUAAAAGGCUCUCGUGCAUUGGCUUAGACGGACGUAACCGGCGAACUGUAUACUCGAACCUGAACUAUCCAUUUGGCGUGACCCAUGUGCGGGAAGAGCGCUUCUACUGGACUGACUGGAAAGACAACCGCGUACACACGGUCGACAUCUACGGCAGUGCGUACCAGUCAAUGCCGAUUUCCCUGGGCGGUUCAGGAAAGUCAUAUGGCAUCCUGGGAGUUCCAGAUAAAUGCGUCGGAGGCGUGACUGCCUGUGCAACAGAAAACGGUGGCUGUCCAUACCUAUGCCUCCCGACAGCCGCGGGGCCGACAUCAAAGACAUGUGUCUGCCCGGAUAACGACGACACCCUACAAGGCUGC